AUGACUGCAGCAGCCGGUGUGCUAACAGGCUUGGCCAAGCUAAAACGCCAGGACUCUGCCCGCUCUCAGCUUCGAUCUGGACAGUCUACAUCACCAGGCCUGGGAAACCCCGUCCCAGAGGCUCCUCCCAGAAAAAGGAAACGACGCACCGAUGUUGUGGUGGUACGCGGCAGGCUCCGCCUCUACUCCGCCUCUGGGUUUUUCCUCCUCCUGGGACUGGUCAUCUUAGCCAUAGGGAUCUGCAUGGCGACGCUGGGUUACUGGCCGCACAGGGAAACCAUGCCCUCGGCCAAAUCGACGAUUGGAGGAGGAUCAAAGACGGCAGCAGCUGGAGGAGACAAGUCUUCUUCCACACGUGAAGGAGCCGGAGCCAAGAUGUCCGUCACAGAGGGGGAUGAGGGUAUGUCCAGCAGGAGCCAUGAUGUGCAAGGGACACCCUCCAAGCAGACAGGGGGGGCUCUGACGAGGUUCCUGGAGCAGCAUCUUCACUCUGAGCGGAUGAAGAUGUUUGGGCCUUUCACCAUGGGCAUUGGGAUUUUUAUCUUUAUUUGUGCUAAUGCCAUUCUUCAUGAAAACAGAGACAGAGAAACAAAGAUAAUCCAUAUGAGAGACAUGUACUCCACGGUUAUUGACAUCCAUCGCCUCAGGCAGAAGGAGCAAAAACAGCACCACCGCAACAGCGCCUAUGCAAGAGAAGUUGGGGACCUUCGAGGCUUCGGAGCUGAUAACGCAGCUCGAAGAGCCAGCAACUCCCUCCUGGCGUUCUCCUCUCGUGCUGGAGGUGGAGGAGGCUCUAUGGAGGAGGAGGUGCUGUUGGGUGAUGAGUUUCACAGACAGAGAGAGCAGGCUAAGUUGGAUUGUAGCUUUGCGGGCCUGCUGGCGCCGCUCUACAAAGAUCGGCCCCUCUGUGGGCCUGGGCUGGGGCUGGGCCACUCUGAUUCAAUGCACCAUCAGUGGUCGAUGGACGGAGACGGGGAAAAGGGAGGACACCAUGCUCGCUCUAUCGUCUCCUCCUCCAUCUCUGCUUUUACUCUCCCUGUUAUAAAACUCAACAACUGUGUUAUUGAUGAGCCAGAGAUGGAGGUGAUCACUGAGGAGGAUAGAGGAGGAGAGAGGAGAGACAGAGAGAGGGCGCAGCCCCUGAGCUCCAUGGAGUCUCUGGUGGUUCCAGUAGCAUCGAUUGCCAAGGCCUCCAAACCGCCGAGCUUACACCGAAGUAACUCUGCCUCCUCCUCAUCCCACUGCUCCUCUAUCUCCUCGUCCUCCCUCUCCCCUGCUCCCUCCUCUACCUCAGGCUGCUGGCUCUCUCCGGGAGCAGCCAGGAGUGACUUUGGCUCCAACAACUCUCUGCACAUGCUCAGCAGCCACUCUAAAUCUCUGGACCUGGAGCGCGGGCCGUGCAUGCUCAGCGUGCACCCGGAGCAGCGCAAGCACCCCAGCUGGCCCCGCCUCGACCGUAGCAACAGCAGCCGCAGUAUCAGCGGCAACAGGGGCAGCAGUAAAGGCUACACGCGGCUGGAGGACAGGGAGGAGCAAGGGGAGCGGCUGCUAGACAUGUCAUUGUCGGCGACAGCGAGGCGCGACUUCAGUAAGCGCGAGAAGCUGCUAAUGAUAUCGAGGUCGCAUAACAAUCUGAGCUUUGAACAUGACGAGUUUAACAGCAACACACUGAAGAGAGGCAGCUCUGAGACUCGAUUCUGAACUAAAGGUUGAGGACUGUUCGGCCCCGUUCUGUAAAUUGCUCUCCAGACAGUAGGAGUGUUCGUUUGAGGGCGAACUGACGAGUGUAACAGCUGCACCCUGGAGCGAGGAAACUCAAACGUGGGUUUACAACACUUUUUUUGAGCAGCAGGCUGAGGAGCAGUGAGUGACGGACCAUCUUGCUCAGUAAAAGGAUCAGGCCUCAUGUCAGCCAGACUCUGACCUGGUCCAGAAGUGCUGUUCUGUAGCCGUCCCUGAACUGUAACCUACAAUACAUUUCCCACUCGGGAGUAAUAUAAAAAUCACGUUACACCAUCAGUCUGCUUUACACAAGAAUAGUUUUAAGAAGGUUUGAACAGGAUCUCAACAGUGAGACAAAGCUUUAGAAUCAAUACUGCUUCAGAAUAACAGACUUUGAAAAUUGCUUUUGUGUGACAGACUUUAACUCUAGUGGUGAAAUCAAGGACACUCUGGAAAUGUGUGAGCAAUUUAUCUCAGUGACAUACCCUCAAAUAUUUUUAUAACACAUUCAAUGCCCAAUAACCAGCAAAAGAGAAGAAGCUCUGAGACACACACACACACACACACACACAAAAUAAUGAGUUGUACCAUGAAAUCUUUGAAAACAAAGUUAUACAGCGCUUAAUAGGGUUGUAUACAAAGACUAAAGCUGUUAUUGCAUUUUGACUCUACAAGUCUUGACACAAAAACAGAAAUGACAACUAAAUUAAAACAAGUGAGAACUUACUGCGUGGUGCAAACCUGAGAAAGAACAUGUAUCGGUAUGUGAGGGUUUAUCAAGUUUUAGAUUUAGAGUGGUGAGGAAUAUGUUUUCAAGGUGGUUCCUGUAUGUUUGUGUUUGUCUGAUAAUGUAGUAGAUGUAGAAACUGGGUCACACAAACAGCAAAGUCAGACAAAUGCAGCUAAGAUACAAGAGUCAAAGCUGCUAAGCUGCAAAAUACAAUAACAGAGUCCGUGUUGGCCUGAGGUUUAAAUGAUGCCGCCCCUUUCUCUAGAAAUACAGUGAGAGGUUUUGUACGUCCACUACUGAAAACUAUCUUGAGAGACUUCACUCAGGAUACGCAGUCUAUUAUUUAUAUAUCGAUAAUCUUUGUCUAUUCACGAACCUGUAUUCAGUAUCAGGACCUGAGUAUGACCAGAAGCCUGAGAUGUUUUCUUUUAAACACAUUCACCAAAGCUCAAAGUGAUGUGUAGAAAUUGCUCACUUCAAAUUGACAGUCACAGGAGAAGUUAUUUAGUUUAUUAAAUGAAAAGUGACAUUUGUCUUUAUAAUAAUUGAGAGAUCUGAAUUAUUUUGGCUCUGCACGAUCGAAGGAGACAAAUAAACUAGAGAUUUUGAUUCCGAUACCUGGACUUUGCAUAUUGAUUUUUCCAUUUCUGAUACUGAUAUCAGAAUUGGAACAUCUAACAUCAGAAAUCCAGGGAUAAUAGUGUAAUAUCAGCUAAGCUGUUAUUAUAUUAUAUCUGUCAUAUGUCAUUUUACAACAUAUUGGUUUAUUCAAUACUCUAUUAAAUAAAGAAGGUCCCAUGAUGCAAUGCCUCAUCAUAAUUUGACAUGUUGAAAAGGUUUAUUCUCAGUGCGGCCACUACACUUGUCUUUAUUUAUGAGCCAAUAAAUUGCCUCCGUAUUGAUCAAUAGCUAUGUUUCAGGUUCUGUUUGGUUUGUCAGCUACUCUACCUUAUAAAUGCUGUCAAGUUCAAAACGUCUCUAACUGUUCUCUCAGCUAAUUUUGACAAUUCUUGUUAGUUUGAAAUCUAACCUGAUGUGUUUGGAGACAGACAGAGCAACAUUCCAGAAUCUUACCACAGAGCUUCAU